GAACUUUGACCCUGGAAAUGAAACGGCUAACUUCCGGUAAGUUACCCAAACAAAUCAGUCAGCCUGGCGUUAAACAUCAAUUUCAAACUCUGAUCUCUUCACAGUGACAGAUCCAUGACUAACACAGUCCUUAACUGAAGCGAUGUGUCUUUAUUUAAAUGUUAAAGAACGACACGUUGUUAAAAUAGCUUCCAACGGUCGCUAGCUUAGCAGUUACUCAGCUAACUAGUUAGCAUGCAACAACCGUUGGAACCGUUUCUGACACAAAGAGACCCUGAUCUCUGAAAUCUGAAGGUAGUGAAGGUGAUACAAUAAUCCCUCUCCUCUGAUUAAAUCUGGAUUCACAACAGUAGAGUUAAGUGCAGUUUUCCUGCAUGCGCGCCCCCUGCACUCCAGUGAUGGUGCUGCUGAUGCAGGGCAAGGGAGCGCGCGCCGCAGCACCGUGCAGGGAGCGCGCCUGGAUGACAGGACAGGACGAUGCGGUUCUCUCUGCGCAUCUCUUCUGGACUCUUUUGCUGCAAAUCGAGAAGCAGCCCUCCAAGUCCUCCGUGAAAACCCUGAAUCACUCAUCAGUCUGCAGAUUUGUGCACGACUCUGUGUCCUUGCUGCAGAGGGAGGGGGUUUGAGGAGUCUGGGUCUGGGUCUGGGUCUGCACCGGGACGCAGCGCUGCGGUGGAUCCAGUUCGGCCAUGGCGCAGCCGAGGAAAUCCAGACAUCUCUGGGUUGGAUGAAGGAGGGGGGUGUCUUGUCUUACCUGCAUUGAGGAGACCAGGAAACCAGACUUCUUACCUCUUUGAUUGACAUUUAAAUCCAUGUCUCAGUAAUUUUUGAACUCUCACUUGGCCCAGGACUUAAAGAGAAUCCUUCAGGCCCCCUUUGGAGGGCACCACCCUGCGCACUACAGCCAAAUCUUCACUGUGUCUGGCCCCCUUGCUGGUACAUUUUUUCCCCACCUGCAUUGCAUUUGCAGGAAAGCCAGUAGCCAUGAUGGAUGCUGCAGAGUGUGGGGUGAGGGUGAUGUGUCGCUUCAGGCCCCUGAAUGAGUCUGAAAUCAACCGAGGAGACAAAUACAUCCCCAAAUUUAAGGAGGAUGACACCGUGGUCAUAACAGGUAAACCUUACGUGUUUGACCGAGUGCUGCCUCCAAACACAGCGCAGGAACAAGUGUACGACCAGUGUGCCAAACAGAUUGUUAAAGAUGUGCUGGGCGGUUACAACGGGACCAUCUUUGCCUACGGACAGACCUCCUCUGGGAAGACACACACCAUGGAGCUUCAUGAUCAAACAUCAGGGAGCAUUACACACACUGAUAUCUGUGCUGUGUUCAGGGCAAACUGCAUGACCCCCAGCUGAUGGGAAUCAUCCCUCGCAUCGCCCACGACAUCUUCGACCACAUCUACUCCAUGGACGAGAACCUGGAGUUUCACAUCAAGGUUUCCUAUUUUGAAAUCUACCUGGACAAGAUCAGAGAUCUGCUGGAUGUGUCCAAGACGAACCUCUCUGUACAUGAAGACAAAAACAGAGUGCCGUACGUCAAGGGCUGUACUGAGCGCUUUGUGUCGAGUCCAGAGGAGGUGAUGGAUGUCAUCGAUGAGGGGAAAGCCAACCGGCACGUGGCAGUGACCAACAUGAACGAGCACAGCUCUCGCAGCCACAGCAUCUUCCUCAUCAACAUCAAGCAGGAAAACAUGGAGACGGAGAAGAAGCUGUCCGGGAAGCUCUACCUGGUCGACUUGGCAGGCAGCGAGAAGGUCAGUAAGACGGGAGCAGAGGGGGCCGUGUUGGACGAGGCCAAGAACAUCAACAAGUCUCUUUCAGCGCUGGGCAACGUGAUCUCAGCUCUGGCUGAAGGCACUAAAACCCACGUGCCGUACAGAGACAGUAAGAUGACUCGGAUCCUGCAGGACUCUCUGGGGGGAAACUGCCGCACCACCAUCAUCAUCUGCUGCUCGCCGUCCGUCUACAACGAGGCAGAGACCAAAUCUACUCUCAUGUUUGGACAGAGAGCCAAGACCAUCAAGAACACGGUGUCGGUGAACCUGGAGCUGACGGCCGAGGAGUGGAAGAAGAAGUUUGAGAAGGAAAAGGAGAAGAACAAGAGCCUAAAAAACGUCAUCCAGAGGCUGGAGGCUGAGCUCAACCGCUGGAGGAACGGUGAGAAUGUUCCUGAGGAGGAGCAGCUGAGCUCCAAAGACCAGAAGAGCAUCGAGCAGAAUGACAACACACCCGUCAUCGACAACCUGCCUGCCGGAGGAGUCGUCUCAGUCACCGGUGAGGAGAGACGCAAAUAUGAAGAGGACAUCAGUAACCUGUACAAACAGCUUGACGACAAGGACGAUGAGAUCAACCAACACAGUCAGCUGGCUGAGAAACUCAAGGAACAGAUGUUGGACCAGGAAGAGCUGCUUGCAUCGACGCGGCGGGACUACGAGAAGAUCCAGGAGGAACUUUGCCGGCUGCAGACAGAGAACGAGCUGGCCAAGGAGGAGGUGAAGGAGGUGCUGCAGGCACUGGAAGAGCUGGCUGUCAACUACGACCAGAAGAGCCAAGAGGUGGAGGAGAGAGAUCAGAUCAACCUGCAGCUGACAGAGGAGCUGCAGCACAAGACGGCUUUACUGUCAGCGGUGCAGAGGGAGCUGAGUCAGCUGCAGGAACUGAAUGGUCUACAGAGGAAGAGAGCCGCUGAAGUCCUCAACCUGCUGCUGCGAGACCUCAGUGACAUCGGCGCCAUCAUCGGCACCAACGACGCCAAGACCGCUGCGUCCUCAGAGUUAAAGGGGAACGGCUCUGCGGUGGAGGAGGAGUUCACUGUGGCUCGCCUCUACAUCAGCAAGAUGAAGUCAGAGGUGAAGUCUCUGGUGAACCGCAGCAAACAACUGGAGAGCACGCAGGCCGACGCCCACCGCAAGAUCCAGGCCAAUGAAAAGGAGCUGGCAUCCUGUCAGCUGCUCAUCUCACAGCACCAGGCCAAGAUCAAGUCCUUGACGGACUACAUGCAGAACAUGGAGCAGAAGAAGAGGCAGCUGGAGGACAGUCAGGACGCUCUGACUGAGGAGCUCACCAAACUCCAGGCUCACGAGAAAAGACACGAGAUGUCAGGAGAGGAGAAGGAGAAAGAGGACAUUGGCAGACAUGAUGGAGAAGAGGACAUCAAGAGAACUCUGGAGGAGCAGCUGGAGAACCACCGGGAGGCUCACCAGAGGCAGCUCAGCCGCCUAAGGGACGAGAUUGAAGACAAGCAGAGGAUGCAGGACGAGCUCACAGAUCUGAACCAGGGUCUGUUGUUGGAGCAGGAGAGACUCAUGUCAGACUACGACAAAGUGAAGGCUGAGGAACAGGAGAAAGAUGCAAAACUACAGAAACUCAUACUGCUGAACGACCAGAGGGAGCAGGCCAGAGAGGACCUGAAGGGCCUUGAGGAGACGGUGGCUAAAGAGCUGCAGACUCUUCACAACCUGCGCAAACUCUUCGUCCAAGACCUCACCACCCGAGUCAAGAAGAGUGCAGAGCUGGACUGUGAGGAGGGACUCGGGAACGUGGCCCAGAAACAGAAGAUCUCUUUCCUGGAGAACAACUUGGAACAGUUAACCAAGGUCCACAAGCAGCUGGUCCGAGACAACGCAGACCUCCGCUGCGAGCUGCCCAAACUGGAGAAGCGUCUGCGAGCCACUGCCGAGCGAGUCAAAGCUCUGGAGAACGCCCUGAAGGAGGCCAAGGAGAACGCCAUGAGGGACCGCAAACGCUACCAGCAGGAGGUGGACCGCAUUAAAGAGGCUGUCCGAGCCAAGAACAUGUCCAGGAGGGGCUACUCGGCCCAGAUUGCAAAGCCAAUCCGGCCAGGACACCACCCGCUGUCGUCGCCCAUCUGCAGCUCCAUCAGAGCCGGAGGAGUCUACACCCACAACUAAAACCACUACAGCAAGUUUUGAACCUACUGACCAUAAAUAACUCAACGCAUGCUCAUCGCCUCACCGGGAAACCACAAGCCCCGCUCCUCCUGUUGGAGCACCAAUGGGAGGCCAUCACGACAGACUGUCAGCGCUCAGAGAAGCAAACAUCACACGGUGUAAAUACUGAUAAGAGAUGUAAACAUAUUUAAGUUUCUGACUGUAGAUAUCAGAGGCCUGGUUUAGAAAAUGCUCUGCUUGAUGUCCUACUAACCCUCUCCUGGUUACUGCAUCAUCUCAAGUGGAACAUUUUUUAAUGAGGCCCUGAGGGAUGAAGACUUGAAAUGAGAAGUUUAGCAGCAGGUUCUCCUUUGAGUUCAUUUUUAACCAGCAUUAUUCCACUGUUACACACUUUAGACAUAAUCAGAUUUACUUUCUUGAACUGCGCUCUCUAACAUGCAACGCUUAGCUUUGCUUUCAGACAACUGGAAACAUCUGUUGUAAUUAUAGUGUCAUGUUGUCCAGCUCACUUUUACCUGUUGGAAAAGGUCAGGUGAGCCGUUUCCAGUCUUCCAGGCUUUAUUUGUAGCACGCAGACAGAAGAGUCAGUGUCACUGCAGCUAGUCUUUGAGUUUCUCACCUGGCUGCAGACAGAAAUGAAAAUCAGACGUGUCGUGAAAGCAGAACCUGUCCCUCGCUGAACGCCCUGUGUCGUCUUUUUGACAUUCCCUCAGUUAAAUCUUUCGUCUACCUUCAGGAGACAAUCAUCAAAAUAGAAAACCCUUCAUUUCCUUUAAGAAACACAUCACCUGCAGAGAUAUUUUUCAAUAGGAAGCAGAAUGUAACGAGCUGAAAACUAAGCAAACAUGUCCCUGACUUAAUGAUUUAACAAAAUGUGAUUACAGGUGUUUGAGAUGCUGCACAGACCGGUUCUCUGUAGUCCUCCAGGGACACUGACUAGCCAAUCAGACAUUCCCUGGACUCAGAGAACAGAAUGAUCAAAGAGAGUCCUGUAGAUGUCACUCCUGAUCAGCCAAUCAGAGACCUUAAAAACAGUGACAGACGAAUGAAACCUUUGAAAACAAAGAAACUAUACAAAUUAAGAGUCUCACUCUGCCACACCUUGUGCCUUUAGAAUCACCUGAAUAUCAGACUUCCCUUUGUUCAGCAUCAUCACAACUAUUCCACUUUAUACAGACUUACUCUAUAAACUUAAGAGAUUAUCAUUUACCCUUUAAUCUAAGCUGUAUUAAAUGUCUGCGCUGCUUCCUCUGUGCUGACACUUUAGCAUGUUUCUGAAUGCACAGAAUGUCACGUUUCUGAGUUUGAGCUCCUUAAUUUGAUGUCUAAUCGUUUGUUUGUGGCUGUUUGGAGCGAUCGGGACGAUUGUACGCGACCAAAACGUGAAUGUAACUGCAUGAAGUGGAGCUUGUGUUGACGGCAUGCUCAGGGAGGAAAAAAAACACAGAGGAUUUUUUGUGCUUUGACUUCAUCAGGAUGAACAUUUAGACCUUUUUAAGUUCCUUUGUUUCCUUUGGCUGUGGAACCAUAACUCUGAAUAUAUCUACGACUGAUGCAAUUAAAGCCAAUAAAGAUAUAUCUGUUUAA